AUGUCUAACCUCGCUGAUCCGGUCGCGUUCGCGAAAGAUUUCCUCGCUGGCGGUAUCUCCGCCGCGGUCUCCAAGACCGCCGUCGCGCCCAUCGAGCGCGUCAAGCUGCUGCUCCAAGUCCAGCACGUCAGCAAACAGAUCGCCGCUGACCAGCGCUACAAGGGUAUCGUCGAUGCUUUCGUCCGCAUCCCCAGGGAGCAGGGGCUCCUGUCCUUCUGGCGUGGUAACUUCGCUAACGUCAUCAGAUAUUUCCCCACCCAGGCGCUCAACUUCGCCUUCAAGGACAAGUACAAGCAGGUGUUCCUCGGAGGCGUAGACAAGCACACGCAGUUCUGGCGCUACUUUGCGGGUAACCUGGCGUCCGGUGGUGCCGCCGGCGCGACCUCCCUGUGCUUCGUGUACCCCCUUGACUUCGCCCGUACCCGUCUCGCCGCCGACGUCGGCAAAGGCGACGGACAGCGUGAGUUCAAGGGUCUCGGAGACUGUCUUGGCAAGAUCUUCAAGUCCGACGGUCUGAUCGGUCUGUACAGAGGCUUCGGUGUCUCCGUGCAAGGUAUCAUUAUCUACCGUGCUUCAUACUUCGGAUUCUACGACACAGCCCGUGGCAUGCUGCCCGACCCCAAGAACACACCAAUCGUCAUCAGCUGGGCCAUCGCGCAGACUGUCACCACCGUCGCUGGUAUCAUCUCGUAUCCCUUCGACACCGUCCGUAGGCGCAUGAUGAUGCAGUCUGGCCGUGCCAAGGCUGACAUCCUCUACAAGAACACUCUCCACUGCUGGGCCACCAUCGCCAAGUCCGAGGGUACUGGUGCCUUCUUCAAGGGAGCCUUCUCCAACGUCCUCAGAGGAACUGGUGGUGCCUUCGUAUUGGUGUUAUACGAUGAGAUCAAGAAGCUUCUCUAA